AUGAAUUUCAAUACAUUCCCAUCCCUGCCUCCAGAACUCGAAAUCACCAUCAUCGACCUUCUCCGACAUGACAAAACAUCGAUGUCUGCUUGCUCCCUCGUCUGCUUCCGGUGGCUCGCCGUUAGCCGCACCCAUCUCUUCCAUACUGUCACCAUUAAUCAUCUA